GACAGCCUCUGAACGCAGCCUCCUCUCCGGGCGGACAGAUGUCGUCAACUCUCCGCACUCUGGAGGAGGAGGGAUCUAAAUCUGAACUCCUGGAUCUGACGGACUCCAGCUACCGCGGUGGAUAUUUCCUUCUACCAAAGAUGAACAGGAUUCGACACGGCAUGUCCCACAGACCCACCUUCCUGUUACACUUCACGACUCUCCGCUGUUUUUCGGCCGCGCAGUGAGUGGAAGAGAAGUUUGCCUCUCUCUCCUGGAGGAGACGGAGCUCUCCCAGUCGGUCUCCCUUUUUUUUUUUUUUUCUUCUUUUUGGGGAAUAAACUCCAUCCAUGCUCGGCUCGGCGAGGACAAGACCCGCUGGGAUGUGAGUGAGUCCAGCUGAAGAGCCGACGAGGAGACGAGGAAAGUGAGGUCGCCUGUGAAAGUGAGCGGUGUGGAUCUGAAGCCGAAGUUAUGAAAAUGACCGGAGCCAUGGAAACUUCUUUCAAACUGGCUUUAAAGAAACCGCCCUCCCUGCGGACAGCAGAGGACUUGCACACCAUCUACUGCAACCUCUACCAUAUGGACGUCCUCGCUCACCUGAGGGAACAUCAGCUAAGGUCGAUGUGCACCUCAGCCAGGUAUGAGAGACAUGAGGCGAACCACAUCCUGUUCUACCCAGACAGCAUCGCUACCUGUUGGUACAUCCUGCUCUCUGGGUCGGUCUUCGUCAAGGAGCACAUGUACCUGGCAAGAUGCUGUUUUGGCAAGCAGCUGGGGGGCAGACGAGGCUGUGAAUGCAUCACAUUGGAGCCGUCAGAAAUGAUUGUGGUGGAUAACGGCAGCGAGGGGGACGACGGUUUUCUGCAGAGAGAGGGAUCACAACGGAGAUCCAGGCGCCGUUUCAGGAGGGUAAAUCCCAGGGGAGAGCGGGAGCUCAUCACAGACGGCCAAGAACCCGCCAGCUACAACACGGAUUAUGUCAACAACCAGCCAGCGCUGUCUGAUGUGGCGAUGGAGGAGGUGUGCUGUAGGUUUGUCCGUUGUCGCAGGAGGACUUCUUCUCUAACCCUCACACUGCCCCGGUCUAAGCUGCUUCCUGCCGACCUCAAUAAGAUGCACCUAACGGACCACGCCCACCAGCAGGUGAUGCACAUGCCUCCGAGCCAGUCAGGAUGCAGCAUCGCCAGCGACUCAGGAAGCAGCAGCUUGUCAGAUAUUUACCAGGCCACGGAGAGCGAGUUGGGAGAUGUGGACCUGUCCGGACUUCCAGAGGCCGCGGUGGACAGCGAGGAGGAGGAGGAGGAAGACGAGGACCUGGAGAGAGCCUCAGACACUCUGCUGGGCCGAGACCUGGUCCGAGAGUGUCUGGAAAAAGACCCAGCCGACCGCAAUGAUGACGACAUUGAGCAACUACUGGAGUUCAUGCACCAGCUGCCCGCCUUCGCCAACAUGACCAUGUCGGUGCGCAGAGACUUGUGCAGCGUCAUGAUGUUCGAGGUGGUGGAGCAGGCUGGAACAGUCAUACUGCACAACAAGCAGGAGCUCGACCACUGGUAUGUUAUCCUGAACGGAGCAGUGGAGAUCAGCCACCCGGAGGGAAGAGUGGAGAGUCUUUGCAUGGGCAACAGUUUUGGCAUCUCGCCAUCGCUGGACAAGCAGUACAUGAACGGAGAAGUUCGCACCAAGGGAGACGACUGCCAGUUCGUCUGCAUCGCUCAGGAGGACUACUGGCGCAUCCUCAACCAUGUGGAGAAGAACACGCACAAGGUGGAGGAGGAGGGGGAGAUCGUGAUGGUGAAGGAGCACCGUGAACUCGACCGCAGCGGCACCAGGAAGGGUCACAUCGUCAUCAAGGGAACUCCGGAGCGUCUGAUCAUGCACCUGGUGGAGGAGCCGUCGGUGGUGGACCCCACCUACAUCGAAGACUUCCUGCUGACCUACAGGACCUUCCUGUCAAACCCCAUGGAGGUCGGCAAGAAACUGCUGGAGUGGUUCCAGGUGGACAGCCUCCGGGACACGGUAACGAGAAUAGUGCUGCUGUGGGUCAACAACCACUUCAACGACUUUGAGGGCGACCCGGCCAUGACACACUUCCUGGAGGACUUUGAGAAACGUCUCGAAGCGACAAAAAUGAAGGGCCAUUUGCGACUGCUGAACAUAGCGUGCGCAGCCAAGGCUAAGUGGAGACAGAUAACUCUGCAGAAGGCAUCCAGGGAGUCACCGCUCUACUUCAGCGUGCAGGGAGGCAGUGAGCGAGGCUUCGGCAUCUUUGUUGAGUCGGUGGAACCAGGGAGCAAGGCAGCAGAGGCCGGACUCAAACGGGGAGAUCAGAUCAUGGAGAUCAACGGUCAGAACUUUGAGAACAUCGCCGUCACCAAAGCUGUCGACAUUCUGAGGAAUAACACACACCUCUCUCUCACCGUCAAAACCAACAUAUUUGUAUUCAAAGAGCUCCUCAGCCGGAUCGUGCACGAGAAGAAGAACGGCGGCCCCCACAUUCCAAAGAUCCAGGAGAAAAAAGGCAAUCGCUUCUCCAUCCCUGACCUUCCUGGAGACAUGGAGUUCCCCACAGACCACAAGAGCACCAGGAAAAUGAAGGCCAACACUGUGUCAGGAGGACGGAACAAGAUCAGGAAGAUGCUGGAGAAGACGCGCUUCAGUAUUCUGCCUCCCAAACCAUUCAGCGAUGGUGGCAUGGGUCAGUCUCAGGACGACAGCAUCGUGGGUACCAAGCAGUGUCGCCACAGCGUGGCCAUCAUGCCCAUCCCCGGCAACCUGUCGUCCAGCAGCCCCGACCUGCUGCAGCCGGCCACCAGCGUCCUCGACUUCUCCAACCCGGCAGACAUCCCUGACCAGGUGAUCCGGGUGUUCAAGGCCGACCAGCAGAGCUGCUACAUCAUUAUCAGCAAGGACACUACAGCCAAGGAUGUGGUCGCCCACACUGUCAAUGAGUUUGGCCUCAUCGCAGCACCUGAGACGUACUCCUUGUGUGAGGUAUCAGUCAGCCCAGAGGGAGUCAUAAAGCAGCGCCGUCUGCCCGACCAGCUCUCCAAACUGGCUGAUCGGAUUCAGCUCAACGGCAGAUACUACCUGAAGAACAAUAUGGAGACGGAGACGUUGUGUUCAGACGAGGACGCUCAGGAUCUUCUCCGAGAGAGUCAGAUCUCUCUGCUGCAGCUCAGCACCAUGGAGGUCGCUGCCCAGCUCUCCAUGAGAGACUUUGAGCUCUUCAGGAAUAUUGAGUCCACCGAGUACGUGGACGACUUGUUUAAACUAGACUCCUCGAUUGCGAGUGGUAAUCUGAAACAGUUUGAGGAGGUGAUAAACCAGGAGACCUUCUGGGUGGCCACAGAGAUCCUGAAGGAGCCCAACGCCCUGAAGAGGAUGAAGACCAUCAAACACUUCAUCAAGAUCGCCCUGCACUGCAGAGAGUGCAAGAACUUCAACUCCAUGUUCGCCAUCAUCAGCGGCCUGAACUUGGCACCAGUGGCUCGCCUGCGGAGCUCCUGGGAGAAACUGCCCAGCAAGUACGAAAAGCUGUUCGGGGACCUGCAGGAUGUCUUCGAUCCGUCCAGGAACAUGGCCAAGUACCGCAACAUCCUGAGCAGCCAGAGCAUGCAGCCUCCCAUCAUCCCACUGUUCCCAGUGGUCAAGAAGGAUCUCACCUUCUUACAUGAAGGGAACGACUCCAGCGUGGACGGUCUCGUGAACUUUGAAAAGCUGAGGAUGAUCGCCAAGGAGAUCCGACACGUGGUGCGGUUGACCUCGGCCAACAUGGACCCUGCCCUCAUGUUCAGACAGAGGAAGAAGAGGUGGAAGAGUUUAGGGUCUUUGAGCCAGGGCAGCACCAACUCCAACAUGUUGGACGUGCAGGGUGGCGCCCACAAGAAACGAGUGCGUCGCAGCUCGCUUCUCAACGCCAAGAAGCUGUACGAAGACGCUCAGAUGGCCAGAAAGGUGAAGCAGUACCUGUCUAACCUGACGGUGGAGACAGACGAGGAGAAACAACAGAUCAUGUCGCUGCAGUGCGAGCCGUCCUACAGCACCUUGUCGAAGAACUUGAGCGAGAGGCGAUCCACCAAGUCGGACAUGUCUCCGGUGUCUCUGCGGUCGGCCCUGCCCUCGGGGAAAACGCAAAAUAGGGUGUCACAAGUCCUUCAGGUCCAGGUCCCACUGAACCCUCUUCGAAAGAAGAGCACUGCCAAGGACAUCGGCACACCCAACUCCAACUCUCCCCAGGUGGUAAAGAAGCCUCCAGUGAGCUCAUCAGAGGACUGGAGUGCCAAGAGACCAUCUGAUGACACCGUCUCCACCAUCUCCUCCCUUCACUCCAGCCCCACGGUGUCGCCGCAGGGCUCCCCGCGCAAAGUGGGAGGCGUGGCCAAGUCCCAGAACUCCAGCCAGAUGAACCUGUCGGGAUCUUCAUCAUCGCUGACAAGCGACGCCAGCACAAAGGCCGGCACCAUCAGCUUGCGCAGCUACGGCAUAGGUUACACCCUCCUUCCAGCCGGUAAAGCAGACAACCUGUCGGACUCGAGUCACAGCGAGAUCUCGUCCCGCUCCAGCAUCUGCUCAGUCGACUCUGUGCCGGCUCCCGGGCUUGAGGACAGGUGUAACAGCAGCACCAGGACCUGCACUAAUACUGCUGCUAGCUCUGCUACAACUACUACCACAACACCUGUUGCGGUGGCUGAGAGCACAGCGGCAACACAUGCACACUCAAACGCUGAUUACAACCAGCCCAGCACAAGCAAUUCCUCGUCGGCGGCUCGAGGAUACGUAACGCGAGCCGCCACCUUCACCUCCUCCACCUCAACUGAGGAGCUGACCCCGGACCACACCUCCCUGGACUCUGUGGCCGACAGCGGCCGGGGCAGCUGGACCUCUUGCUCCUCCAACUCCCACGACUCCUUCCAGAGCCUCCCCAUCUCCUCCUGCCGGCCCUGGGACCACGGCAUCCACGGGCAUCCGCUCUCCCUCCCGCACACGAACCUGGGCGGCUUCAAGCACACGCAGCUGGCCGGGGCGAUAGCGGAGGUCGAGGCUGCCACUCAGGCGUGGGCGAACGAGGACGCCGUUGCUGCCAAGCAGCACUCCAGAAACUCCAGCUCGGAUCUGUCCACUCAGUCUCGGCAGAGCUGGGCGUCGUCCAGCUCGCUUUCGGACACCUACGAGGGGAAUUACGGGACGAUAAAGCGGCGAAACACCUCGGAGAACCCCUCCUCACCAACCAACGAGGAAGGAGGGCAAAGCACAGACCCCGUCUACAAAACGGUGACGUCAAGCACAGAGAAGGGCCUGAUAGUGUACUGUAUCACUUCCCCCGCCAAGGAUGAGCGUUACCGUGCUCCUCCUCCCACCCCUCCAGGCUACCAAGGUCUGGCUCUGGGGGAUCUGGGCCUCACAGACGGAGUAGUAGGUGGCCAGGGAGGUCUCCCCCCGAGGCCUCCUCACCUCAGACCUCCAGACUACAGCGUGGCCCUGCAGAGGAGCAAACUCCUGCAGAGCCCCGGAGCGGCGGGCGGUCUGGCCGAGGCGCGAAGGCUGGCUGCUAACCAUCACCUCCUCCACCCAGAGGCCCGGACGGCUGGCUCCAUGCAGGGCCACUCCAGACCACCCAGCAUCUGCCUCCCAGCACAGGAGCUGGCUGACAGUGAGGAUGAUGAACAAGUGUCAGCAGUGUAGAGACGGUGACGUCACACACCUUCACGCAUACACACACACACACACACACACGUUCUCACACAUGGACCACAUUGUGUUGAUCAGGCUUUGGACUGAUCCAGCCAGCCUGCAGUCAUCACGUAUAAGAGCACAUUCUCCUUCAAACCCCCCCUGCCCACGACCCUGUGUGACAUCACCACGGACCACGAUGCACCUGCGGACCAGAGCAGCAGGUCGCGCGUCCUCUCUCUCUGCCUCCCAGGACUUCUUGUAAAAUCAUCUCUUUUUCACAAAACAAAGAAGAAAGAUUUUAGAUACUUUUUAAAACUCUUGAACAGAGCAGAAAAAGACGGUGUGAUGGAGUCACGGACGUAAAUAACAGAAGGAAAGAGCGACUGUCAGUGUCUCAUGACAAGAUGUCGGCCUCCUUGGAAACAGACCACCACGUACCUCCAUUUAGCGCUCCAAGCUCUCUUGUCUGAACUUUGUUUUUUACAGUUUUAACGUGUUGUACAGUGAUUUGCUUUGGUUUAUUCUUCUUUUCGUUUGCAUCUCUGAGCUUUGCAAUGUCUUUAUUACGUAAGAACAGCGACGAGGAGCAAACAAAGGGAUGGAAACUUGUAGUAUUACAAGGAAUGUUGGCUCGCAGGGGAUUAUUCUCUGUUUUGUUUGCUCAAAAGGAGAUGAAUGUAGAUAAAUGAGAGGGAUUCCUUCUGGGCCCAGGGACCGAUGAUGAACAUUUACAUAAAUAACAUCAGUUCCCACACAAACAAGCCAAAUGCACACACAAAAAAAGUAACAAAACCAACAAUACGAAUCCCAACACUCACAUUUUUGACUGUUUUCCAGCAGUCACAUAGAGCCCCUCUAACUCCUCUUUCUAAAAGAGAAAUUAAACUCCUGAAGUAACAGACAGAUUGUUGUGUUUACCACUUGUUGGACUUUAUUGAGCUUUAUAGAAGGAAAAAAAAAAGGACAAACAGCACCUCUCAGGCAGUUCUUUGUCUCUGUGCCGCGCCCUCCACCACCCCAGCCACCCAGCCACCUCUCUUAUUGCUCGUUCAGUCUCGACGCGAGGUACUUUAGCGGCAUGCUGCCUCCUGGAUGUUCUAUAAAAUCUGUAUUAUAACUCGUUUUUAAUGAGCUGAAGAACAAAUGCCUCACUGCUUCCCGUAGAGUGCAAACACGCGUUGUGAUUCUAUUGCAGCAGCUAUAAUAAAACGAUAAGUUAGCACUGUGUGGUCACACAACGUGCAUGCAAAUACACACACACACACACUGAAAAAAAGAUUAGCUGGUGUGCAUCAAGACAAAGGACAGUGUUUACACGUACGCUUACACAUUUUGUUUACAGUGUUUUAUUAGACUAGUCGUCUGUUGAAUUACAAGCUGAGAUGUUGGAGUAUAAUUCUGCAGGUUCAUUUGAUCUUGUAAAUUUGUUUAUAGUGCAGCAGGAAUAUGAGAUGCAGCGUAAAAACUUUGUCUAUGUGCUCACAGUGUACCUCUCACAUCGGCUUCUGAUUAUUUAAAAAAAGAAAAAAAAGAACGAAAGAAAGAAACGAAAACAAGCAACAAAACAAGUCAACAGACGAUGUAAUGUAACGCUCCAGCUCGCAUCUCCAUUCCAUGUUCAUAGAACAUUUUGUAGAAUAUUUAAAGGAUUUGCUUGAAAACGUGUUUAUUUGUAUGGAAAACCGAAGCAGAUUUGUACAUUCUGAGUCCCGUUGUUUUUUUGUUUUUUUUUUGGAAACUAGUUUUGAAUUGUGUUUAUCUGCAGUGCAGCAGGGGUGUAACUGGAAUUCUUCUGCUUUUCUGUCUCGCGCUCUGUGACGCUUCUUAUUGUUUUUUGCCACACGAAGACUUGAAAUGAUUGAUGCUAAUAUAUACAUGGCAUAUAUAUGAAUUUAUACAUAUAUAUUUUUGUUGUUUCUUUGCCAUAAAUUAAUGUAUAGACGAGAGAAGAGAGUCCUCUAUAAAGGCUAUUUUUGAAUAUUUUGUUAUAAGAAAUAAUCCGAGGUUGUGAUCGCCCUCUCACUGUCCGCGGGCAGGAGUCUUUUAAGGAAUUAGUUCUUGACUUGUUUUUUUUUUUCCUCCCCUCACACUCUGUUGUUGGUGCCAUUUCUGCUCUGUCUAUAGUUGUAAUUGCUGCUGUGUUUUGGGAUAUGAGUGAGUGUGUGUGUGUGUGUGUGUGCGCGAGUGUGUGUUUUGUGGUUUGGGUUCGACAUUUAAAAAACAAUAAUCCCAUUCUGAUGCCGUCUGAGCGUACACCACAGAAGAACGGCUCAGGAAAAAAUGUCAAUAAAAAAAAAAAAAAGAAAGAAAGAAAGAAAACCCUCUUAGUUUGCAGCUCCGAUCGCUGCUGCCUGCAGGGAGGUGCAGCCCUCGCGCGUCAGGACAGUUCAUUCAUUCACAGACUGGAUGAUUGAAAGUAGAUGUUUGAUGCCCUUAAUAUGCCACAUUAUGUCUUCCUGUCCUUUCUCUCAGCAGGACUUAAAAGGAACAGUUUGCCCAAAAAGGAAAAAUUUAGUCAUUAUCUUCUCCACCUCGUGUCAACUGAAAGUGCUGAACAGGACAUGAAAAAGUUUUUGGAGAUUCACAACAAAACAAAACUUGCUGUAUCCUCCUCAGCAGCUGAACAAGCUUUUAAAAUGGAAAAACACAACAAAAAAUGUGCCAUUUCGGCAUAAUUCAAGUGUUAUUGAAACCUUCGAGAUCCCAAAUUGGUCUAAAAAGACAUUUUGGCUUUAAGAAGGGUGUAAAUAACAAACUUUGAGUACAAAUUGGAAUCUAGAGACUUGGAAUAGCAGAGCUGUAUGGAUCCAUUUUAUUUAUUUAUUACAUUUUUAUAGGGUGCGAGCAAUGGACACCGCAAAGGAGUUUUUAUUUUUAAUAUUAUUUUUCUGGUAAUUUAAUUGUUUUGCUGAGAGUUUUAACAGGCUCAAAUUCAUGACAACUUUGCACAUAAUUCACACAUGGUGGAAAUGUAAGUAUUUCAUGGGUUUCAGCCGAUAGUGGGUGAUAAGUGUAGGAGCCCUCCUGGAUCCUCUUAUGGUUGACCCGUCCACCUGUGGUCUCAGCUGGCUAGCGCCCCCAAAAAUGCCCCAUGGAUUUACUUUUAGCUACAUGUCUGAAAUUCUGUACACAUGUAUCACAUCCAGACCUACAGAAAAGUCUCUUGUGCCCAUCACCCUCACCCUGAACCAAGUCCUCAUCUACCUCAGUCGUUUAGGAGAACGCUGUUUUGCUGUGAAGCUCCAGAAAUGCUUUGCAGACUACAAAAGUCACCUGACUCUCCAUCAGCAUGAGACUGAGAAGAUAAUGAGUGAAAUUUGUAUCUUCUGGUGAACUUUUUUUUAUUGAACUACACACCUUCCUCCUCACUGUGACACCACCCGCGUCCCUUUUCUCCCUUUUUUUUAAAUAGACAGUCAGAAACUGACAAUUCCUCUUUUUUAAAUUUUUUUUUUUUGCACAACUGUAAAUCACCAGUAAAUCAGUAUUAAUCUUCUGCAUGACGAUGUGGAAAAUAAGGCAGCGAUCAACUGUGAGAUGGAGAGCUGAACAGUUUUUUGGAAUUCCUUCUCAACACAGAGUUUUUGGUUUAUUCCUCAUGUGAGCUCAACAAGCACUCCAAGACACGAAGCUACAUUUUUCAGGUUUUUAUUUUAGUUUUCUUCUUUUGAACUCCUUUUUCUUCUCCAACUCUGCGUACAGUCGGUGUGUUUUCACGGAGGAUCUGGCAGCGAGCAGCUCUUGGCACUGUGGACAUGACAUGUCAGUGUUUUUAAAAACAGGAGAGGUUAAACGUCACCUCUCCCACAGCUCGAUGAAGAUAUCAAGCUGAUUGUAAUUUAGCCCCCCCCCCACCAACUCCCCGUGUCCUGCCGUGUUACCUGGAAUGCAAUAAGAGAGAUGUGAAUGUGUUUUAUGUAGACAUCUUUUGGCAUUACAGCAGAAAUGCACAACAAUAAGCUUAAAUGUGGUGAGUGUGCUGCACAAUCUGUACAAAGAGGUAUUAACUCGGUCUGUGGCUUACAGUUUUGCUUUCGUCUCACACUUCUCAUAGCUGUUGUAACUUAUGUCUUUUAGAAAGACAACAUGAUUUUGCUCGUACGCUUUUUAUGUAUUUUUUACGAGUGAUUGUAAAUAGUUGUUAUAUUUUUGUUUAAGAGAAUGUUUAAAAAGGAAAAAAUACCUUUUAUUUCUCCAAGUCUACUGAUAUGAAUUUGGACAAUGAAUAAAAUGUAAAGCAGGAA